CCUUGCAACACAAAGCUAAACUUGACAGGGCGGUUUCCUCCUCGCCCGCAAGCCCAGGCACAGGAACUGCUGGACAGAUCUCAAGCUCAAUCUCCUUUUCACCUAUGGCAGGAGCAUUUAUUCUCCCGAGCCACUAAAGACGUCGGCGUCGCAAACAGCCAUCUGCCGUCAGCAACCCGCCAUCCAUCAUCCGGUCUUACACAACCCUCGAACAUGUCCUUCACCAAUGCGCCUGUGACGCGCAGCCUGGUCCUUGGACUCGCGGCAACGUCGAUAGCUGCCAACCUCUUCGAUGUCAAGCAUUAUUUCUACAUUCUGGUAGAUCCACAUGUGCUUCGGUAUCACCAGGCAUGGCGAGUCUUGCUCUAUCAGCUUUGUUAUACAAAUUCGUCAGAGGUCCUUUUCGCCGCCAUGACUCUGUACAAUAUGAGGGUGGUUGAGCGCACGUGGGGUUCGAGGAAAUAUGCUUCUUUCAUCCUCACCUCGGCCUGUAUCACAGCCAUUCUCCCGCCCGUCAUCCUCGCUGUCAUGCUCCGUCCUUUGACAUUCGGGGCCUUCAACUACUUGCCAGCAGGUCCCACACCCAUCAUAUUCGCUGUCUUGGCACAGUACCAUGCCAUGAUUCCACACAUCUACAAGUACCGGCUGGCCUUAUCAGCCUCAUCCCCAACUGACGACGAAUCCGCGGGCUUGACCUUUUCUGACAAAUCAUACCGCUAUCUUCUUGCGGUGCAAUUGGCACUGUUCCAAUGGCCGGGCUCCUUGCUCGGUGCUGCGGUGGGCUGGGUUGUGGGAUAUUCAUGGAGGAACGACCUCCUCCCAAGGAUGUUCACUAGCUGGAGGGUUCCCUGGUGGGUCGUCGGCAUCAGGACGCAGAAGAGGAGUGAGGGUUUUGAAGGCCUUCGGAGAAGACUGGAGGGCGAAGACUCGCCAACGGCCACGGCGACGGGAGCUCGGGUUGGAGCCGAAUCUGAUGCAGAUACAGGACGGCGGCGAACGAUGGGGCAACAGAUUAUAGACCAAGUCAGAGGGGCUUUCUGACUGAGCAUAUCCGUACUUUGUGCGGAACGAGUGAUACCGCAGAAGCUAACAAUUGGGCUCGAGCAUUCAAUGGAUGAGCUUUUGUCUUAGUCUCUCCUUAAGGGCGUCCACUAGAUGAUGCUUGUUGACUCCAAAGCAGGCCGCACGACUGGCCACCUCUGUUGGAGUCUUCCCUCGAAGGUACAGGCGAGGAUGAGCGGGCACCAACCUAGUAACCUGUACGAAGUUGUAUGUCGCUGGUUUGAAUGGCACAAGGCAGAACCCAAGCUGGGUAAGGUAGGUUCAGCACUGCUGGCUCAAGCCGUUAACCAGCGCCGGCGCUGAUAUGGCCUCGUAUUCCGUACUUUCUUUCCACUUUCCAUUUUCCAUUUUUCCUUUUCCCCUCAAAAAAAAGAAACAAAAUCUCGAAAUAGUGAACACUAUUAUUGCC